AAGUAAAACAAGCGCACGCCCGGUGACGCUGGUUUCCCGCCCUGGCUUCUUCUGCCAUUCCGUCACAAGUAAGAAGUAACUAUUGUUGUCACACAUUUGACAUACCUCCGUCGUUCUCGGCCAGAUGAUGCCUUCCCCAAAUGACUGGAUGAACAACCCCCUGGGCGUCGUUGAAGAGAUGUUCGCUGCAUCUCAAAACAACCCAAAUUCUGGAUGGGAAGCAAAAUUGGUGGAAUUCUUCAAAGAUCGUCUAAAAGAGAAGGAUGCUCAAUCAUGGGUCCCAUCCAUGAACAACAUCCCGUUGCACUACCUGAAGCCCAACAGCCUGGUGAAGUUUCGCUGUUUCAUUCAGGACAUGUUUGACCCGGAGUUCUACAUGGGAGUGUACGAGACGCUUGAUCCAUCAUCGCAAGCAAAAGUGUUGAGGUGUGGGAAGUACAAAGAUGUGGCGGAAUGUGGGGUGGAUUUUCAGUCCAAAAAUAUUGUGACGGCUGAAAGACAGACUUUCUAUUGUGUACCCGUUCCUGGUGAGAACUCCUGGGUGAAGGACAGAUAUGGUGGCUCGGCUCAAGCAAGAGUGCAACCGUCCACUUCCUAUGUGCCGAGCAGACAGAAGCGCAGCUAUGAAGAUGAUGAUGACGACAUGGACGGUGGGGACACUCAGCCACAGAAACAGAGGGAACCUCAUCCAGGUCUCCAGAUUCCCCCGGAAGACCACGGCACCGGGGAGGCUGGGCGGCAGGAGGCUGAAGCUUCUCCCGGCCAGACGGCAUCUGCCACGUAUCUGGACCUCAACUUCCCUCUACCAGGCGAGAAAGGCCCUUCAUGCUUAGUCAAGGUUUACGAGGACUGGGAUCGUUUCAAACUGAAUGAGACCAUAGAGGUCUACGGAAUCCUCUCAGUGAGUCCUGCCCUUAGCGCUCUGGCAGAAGACAGGGACACAUCCUCAUCCCUGAUAGACCCAUCGGAGUCCAUGGAAACGCUAGAGGAGCAGAGGGUCCACAGCCCACCUGCCUCACUCGUUCCUCGCCUCCACAUGCUCUACGCCAAGCCACUAGCGCACAACAACCCGCUACUCCCCUGUGACACGCUGCAGGACGACAGUGCCUUUUUAUCUUCAAGCCUGAGUGAGAUGGCAUCCAUCAAAGCAGACUUCCUGUCCUAUUUAACACACGUCCUGCUGGGAGAUUCCCUGGCUGCCGAGUACCUCAUCCUGCAUCUCAUUUCCACCGUCUAUGCCAGGCGGGAUGUGUUACCACUGGGCAAGUUCACCCUCAACCUGAGUGGGUGUCCCACUGUCCCCUCGUACAGCCAACGUCUCUACCACGCCAUCCAGCAGCUUGUUCCCUCCUCCUUCUAUUUGGGCAUGAGCCUUGCCAACAUGAACCACAUGAGUCUGGUGCCCAAGAAGGACUACGUGGCCAACCGGCUGGUGAGUGGAGCCCUGCAGCUGGCCACAAACACGUCUCUCUUCCUGGAUGAAACCCAGCUGGAGCAGGGACAGCUGGACACCACAGGUGUUCGCAAUGUCACAGCUUUGGGGAAUGUGAUCUCCUGGCAGAAGGUGGACUACGACUUUAACUACCACCAGAUGGAAUUCCCCUGCAAUAUUAACGUGCUCGUCGCAUCAGAGGGCCGCUCGCUGCUGCCGUCAGACUGUCAGGUACACCUGCAGCCUCAAGUGGCCCCGGCCCACAUGGACGAGCACCUCAGCAGCAUCUCCGUGUACGCGGAGACCUCCUCCCAGCUCAACAAGUUCCGACUGUACCUGAGUGUGGCCCGGCUGAUGGACUACAGUAUCUCUGAUGGAGUGACCAAGUCAGUUGAGGAUGACUUUGUGGACAUGAGGAAAGACGAUCCCCAGAGCAUCACGGCGGAGGACCUGCACCGAAUGCUAGUCGUGGCAAGGUUGCUGUCGCUGAGCUUGGGACGGACCUCUCUGUCCAGGGACAUCUGGCUGAAGGCCAAACACAUGGAGAUGCAGCGGAGUUGCAGGAUGGAGCAGCAAAAGAGCGUCAAUGGAAAUGAGCCGUAACUGCUGAGCAACAAAUGACUUGUUUUAGAUGCUUGGCAUAUCUUUGUAAUAAAAAUGCUUUGUCAUCGUGCCUUCUGUUGCCACAUUAGCAGCAGUCGGGACACGGCACUGGACCGUACUCCAUCUACAGUGGGAUCGCUUUCUACACGUGGACAUUAAGUUGGAUUACAAAAGAAUGGUUUGCUCCAUCUGGAGUAAUGCAUGAAUGAAUGUACCACGUUUCAAUGAUUGUAGCAAGACCCAGAUGACCCAUCAAUGUCUUCCACUAGUGGCCCUUCCGGUUUGGCCCCUGGCCUCCUCCACCUUCUCAUGGCCGUGAUCCAGGCUGGGGGUUCUGGGUUGCAAGGCACAGUAUCAGUUUUUCAAUAUUUGUUCUAUUUUUACUUUCCCUCAUGAGUAAUUGAUGUAAAUGUAAUUAAACCUCAUGCGACACA